AUGGCGAUCAAUUUAGUCCCUCUACUUCUCUCCCUCAUCACCAUCUCCAUCAUCUUCAACUCAUCCGCCAUUGCAGCUCCCGAGACAACAGCUGAUUCCGUUUUCUCAAACACAACAAGCCAAUGGCUCAGUUACACGAAGAAGCACUUCAACCAAUCCGCGAUCGAAUUCUCUAUCCCCACGAUCAUCGCCGCCGUUCUCUCAUUCCUCGCCGCAUCGAUCUCCAGCGCCGGAGGCAUCGGCGGCGGCGGUCUCUUCAUCUCGAUAAUGACGAUCGUCGCCGGGCUCGAGAUGAAGACCGCAUCGAGCUUCUCGGCGUUCAUGGUGACCGGCGUCUCCGUCGCGAACGUCGGGUGCAAUCUCUUCGUGAGAAACCCUAAAUCGGGAGGCAAAACCCUAAUCGAUUUCGACUUGGCUCUCACGCUUCAGCCGUGUCUGCUUCUCGGAGUCAGCCUCGGCGUGAUCUGUAACCGUGUGUUCCCUAACUGGCUUGUGACGUCACUCUUCGCCGUCUUCCUCGCGUGGUCGACGAUGAAGACUUGCAAAAAGGGGCUUUCUUACUGGAAUUCGGAAUCGGAGAGAGCCAAGGUUAGGAGAGACGGUGACGAGGAUCGGAUCGAGGGAGCGAGAUCGCCGCUUCUGAUUAACGAAGGAGAAGAGACGGGAAAAGGAAAAUCCAGGUUUCCAUGGAAGAAGCUCGGAGUUUUGGUGAUCAUCUGGUUCUUGUUCUUCUCCAUUAAUCUUCUUCGCGGAAACAAAUACGGCCAGGGAAUCAUAUCGAUCAAGCCAUGUGGAGCUCUCUACUGGAUCCUCUCGUCUAUGCAAGUUCCUCUCUCUAUCUUCUUCACUCUCUGGAUUUGCUUCAGCGACAGUGUUCAAAGCAGCCACACAUCACGUAACCAAGACUCUGAAAAGGACACUGGAGAUGUGAGAACGAAUAAUGGGGAAAGUCUGAACAAAUUUAUGCUCCCUGUUAUGACUCUCCUAGCUGGAGUUUUAGGUGGCCUUUUCGGUAUUGGCGGUGGAAUGCUCAUAAGUCCUCUUCUUCUCCAAAUCGGUAUUGCUCCCGAGGUAACGGCAGCAACCUGUUCUUUCAUGGUUUUGUUUUCUUCAUCAAUGUCUGCAAUCCAGUACCUAUUACUUGGAAUGGAACACGCUGGAACCGCUGCGAUAUUCGCUAUGGUCUGCUUCAUAGCGUCUUUGGUCGGACUAGUGGUGGUUAAGAAGGUUAUAGCCAAGUAUGGGAGGGCUUCCAUCAUUGUGUUUUCAGUGGGUAUCGUCAUGGCACUUAGCACUAUAUUGAUUACAACCCAUGGAGCUCUUAAUGUCUGGGAUGAUUUUGUCUUUGGUCGCUACAUGGGUUUUAAGCUACCAUGUUGA